ACGUAUAAAACAGCUGAUCACAGAGAGUAGUAAGAAAAAAAAAAGAAAAUCUAUAUUAUAAUUGGAAGACUAUUAAAAAGUAGGUUAAAAAAAGGUCAUUCGAGAAACACAAUAUUGUAGAAGCAAUAUUUUACACAAAAUUUACUUAUCAACCAAUAUAGAAUUAUCAAAGUGUGAGUUUUCUGAUAUAACAGAUGUUUGUUGUGAGAAAUGUCACAAAUUGAUAUUCAGGAUCUAUUUGAUAAAAGCAGGUUUCCCAGUGGUUGGUACCGUCUAUCCUUAAUAUUAUACGUACCAGUGGGUGUAAUUCUUGUAUUAGUAAGACUCUUGGUCAGCCUACACCUUUGGCUCCUUGCGUCGUUGUUACCAGAUUGCAGCAUACUUCGUACAUAUUUACAUCACUGUCUUAGUUUUGCAUUUGGCAUUGUUGUCAAAGUUGAUCCAGAAGGAGAGUCCAGGGACAAACAAUCGAGGAUUAUAAUAGCUAAUAAUGUAUCAGUUUUGGAUCAUUUUGCUUUGCAUCGAGCGAUGCAAACAUUGAUGCCUAGCGUAUGGGAAAUUCCUAAUGCCUUAAGUCAUGCAUUGGGAUUGCAAACAAUGGAUAUGAGUAGUAAGGAAUCUCUAAUUGCUAAUAUAAAACAAUGUCUUUCGACUACUCACUGCAAUAUUGCACUCCAGCCUGAAUUUGGUACAACUAACAGCCGCGUUGCAUUAUUGAAAUUCAAUUCAUGGCCCUUUAGUAUAGAAACUUCCGUUCAACCUGUUGCUAUUAAGGUAACAAGACCAACGAUAACAUCCGUACAAAUUACAUCGCUAGCGUCUACAUGGUGGACGGAUAUUUUUUGGUUUAUGUACGUCCCCUAUACCGUUUUUACCUUGAAGUACCUGAAAAUUAAAAGAAAUACGGAUCAUGAAUUGUUAGCGAGAGAAGUAGAAAAGGAUAUAGCUAAUGCUAUAGGACUUACUCCAAGUUCUCAUACUGUAUCGGAUAAAACAGAAUUUGAAAAGCGUUGCAUUAUGGAAAAAGCGCAUACCAGAAUACUUCCUGCAAGAGGAUCGCAAAAUACACAAGUUAUGCAUAAUAUAGAAAUACAAAGAAUGGCAAGACAGGUCAGUGAAGUGCUUCCAUUCGUUCCACAUAAUGUAAUACUGCGUGAUCUUUUAAAAACCAGAAAUGUUGAUAUCACUAUUGCCAAUAUUCUUGAUGGAAUAGUUGCUUAUACUCCUGAACCUAAUUCUCAAACUACUACACCUGUGGCUUCGGCAAGCAAAACACAAACAAGCGUAACAAAAGAUAAAAGUUGCCUUGGUACUUCUUCAUUCCAAGAAAGGAAAGCUCAGAUGAUUAAAGAAGCUAGGGAAAGGUAUAUUCAAAAAUUUGGACUUAAAGAUUGCUGACAGUCUUACUUGUCUUUUAUCAUAAUCAUAAUAUUACCAUUAAGAAUAAAUAUAUGAUUGAUGUUUUACUGCAUAUGUAUUUACGAUUAUGUCACAUGAAUAUAAUUUUAUUUCUAAAAAAAUUGUGUUACUGUAUAUAUAU